AUGCGAAUGGUAGCAUCACUCAACAAUUUCCCACCCCGUCGCCCUCGUUUCCCUUCCCGUCGCCCUCAUUUCCCCUCUCAUCGCCCACAUUUCCCUUCCCGUCGCCCUCAUUUCCCCUCUCAUCGCCCACAUUUCCCUUCCCGUCGCCCUCAUUUCCCCUCUCAUCGCCCACAUUUCCCUUCCCGUCGCCCGUCCCCUCACAUCGCCCACAUUUCCCUUCCCGUCACCCUCAUUUCCCCUCUCAUCGCCCACAUUUCCCUUCCCGUCGUGUUCAUUUCCCCUCUCAUCGCCCACAUUUCCCUUCCCGUCGCCCUUCCCCUCACAUCGCCCAUAUUUCCCUUCCCGUCGCCCUCAUUUCCCCUCUCAUCGCCCACAUUUCCCUUCCCGUCGUGUUCAUUUCCCCUCUCAUCGCCCACAUUUCCCUUCCCGUCGCCCUCGUUUCCCCUCCCGUCGCCCUCAUUUCCCCUCUCGUCGCCCACGUUUCCCUUCCCGUCGCCCUCAUUUCCCCUCUCAUCGCCCACAUUUCCCUUCCCGUCGCCCUCAUUUCCCCUCUCAUCGCCCACAUUUCCCUUCCCGUCGUGUUCAUUUCCCCUCUCAUCGCCCACAUUUCCCUUCCCGUCGCCCUCGUUUCCCCUCCCGUCGCCCUCAUUUCCCCUCUCGUCGCCCACAUUUCCCUUCCCGUCGCCCUCAUUUCCCCUCUCAUCGCCCACAUUUUCCUUCCCGUCGCCCUCAUUUCCCCUCUCAUCGCCCACAUUUCCCUUCCCUUCGCCCUCUUUUCCCCAAAGGUCGCCCUCGUUUCCCUCCCCCUCGCCCACAUUUCGUUACCUGUCACUCACAAUUCCCCUCAUUCUCCCUUCCUCUCAUCCGCGCACGCUCUCGUCCGCCCUUCUCUCACAUCCUCCCUCCCUCUCAUCCGCCCCCUCUAUCGUCCUCACUUCCCCUCGUCCUCCCUACCCUUCUUUCGCCACAAGCCCUCAUCCGCCCUCCCCCUCAUCCGCCCUCCCCCUCGUCAGCCCUCCCUCUCAUCCACCCUUCUUCUCAUCCUCCCAUCCCCACAUCCGCCCUUCCUCUCAUCCUCCCUUCCUCUCAUCCGCCCUUCCUCUCAUCCGCCCUUCUCAUAGGUCCUCUCUCCUUCCCAUUCUCCCAUUCUAUCAUACUCCCUUUCUCUCAUCCUCCCUUCCACUCCCCUUCCAUUCCUCUCGUCCCCCCUUCCUCUCAUCCUCCAUCCCUCUCAUCCGCCCUUCCUCUCAUCCGCCCUUCCUCUCAUCCGCCCUUCAUGACCAUCCUCUCUCCUUCUCAUACUCCCUUUCUCUCAUCCGCCCUUCCUCUCCCCUUCCAUUCCUCUCAUCCCCCCUUCAUCUCAUCCGCCCUUCCCCUCAUCCGCCCUUCAUCUCAUCCUCCCUUCCCCUCAUCCGCCCUUCCUCUCAUCCAACCUCCCUCUCAUCCCCCCUUCCUCUCAUCCUCCAUUCCCCUCGUCCCACCCUUCAUCUCAUCCUCCCUUCCCAACAUCCGCCCUUCAUCUCAUCCUCUGUUCCCCUCGUCCUCCUUUCCUCUCAUCCUCCCUUCCUCUCAUCCUCCCUUCCUCUCAUCCGCCCUUCCUCUCAUCCGCCCUUCUCAGAGGUCCUCUCUCCUUCCCAUUCUCCCAUUCUAUCAUACUCCCUUUCUCUCAUCCUCCCUUCCACUCCCCUUCCAUUCCUCUCGUCCCCCCUUCCUCUCAUCCUCCAUCCCUCUCCGCCCUUCCUCUCAUCCGCCUUUCACGCUCCCAUCCUCUCACCUUCUUAUCGUCUCUCCCUCACAUCCUCCUUUAUCUCAUCCACCCUUCUUCUCGUCCUCCCUCCCCAUCACGCGCCCUCCCCCUCAUCCGCCCUUCAUCUCAUCCGUCCUCCCCCUCAUCCGCCCCUCAUCUCAUCCUCCCUCCCCCUCAUCCGCCCUUCAUCUCAUCCUCUGUUCCCCUCGUCCACCCUUCCUCCCAUCCCCCCCUUCUCUCAUCCUCCUUCCCUCUCAUCCUCCCUUCCUGUCAUCCUCCCAUCCCCCCCUUCUCUCAUCCUCCUUCCCUCUCAUCCUCCCUUCCACUCCCCUUCCAUUCCUCUCGUCCCCCCUUCCUCUCAUCCUCCAUCCCUCUCACCCGCCCUUCCUCUCAUCCGCCCUUCCUCUCAUCCGCCCUUCCUCUCAUCCGCCCUUCAUGACCAUCCUCUCUCCUUCUCAUACUCCCUUUCUCUCAUCCUCCCUUCCUCUCCCCUUCCAUUCCUCUCAUCCCCCCUUCCUCUCAUCCUCCUUCCCCAUUCUACCACGCCCUCCCUCUCAUCCGCCCUUCCUCUCAUCCGCCCUUCACUCUCUCAUCCUCUCUCCUUAUCGUCGUCUCUCCCUCUCUUCCUCCUUUCACUCGUCCACCCUUCUUCUCGUCCUCCCUCCCCCUCAUCCGCCCUUCAUCUCAUCCGCCCUUCAUCUCAUCCUCCCUUCCCCUCAUCCGCCCUUCCUCUCAUCCAACCUCCCAGGCAUCCCCCCUUCCUCUCAUCCUCCAUUCCCCUCAUCCCACCCUUCAUCUCAUCCUCCCUUCCCAACAUCCGCCCUUCAUCUCAUCCUCUGUUCCCCUCGUCCUCCUUUCUUCUCAUCCUCCCUUCCUCUCAUCCGCCCUUCCUCUCAUCCGCCCUUCUCAGAGGUCCUCUCUCCUUCCCAUUCUCCCAUUCUAUCAUACUCCCUUUCUCUCAUCCUCCCUUCCACUCCCCUUCCAUUCCUCUCGUCCCCCCUUCCUCUCAUCCUCCAUCCCUCUCAUCCGCCCUUCCUCUCAUCCGCCCUUCAUCUCAUCCGCCCUUCAUCUCAUCCUCCCUUCCCCUCAUCCGCCCUUCCUCUUAUCCAACCUCCCAGGCAUCCCCCCUUCCUCUCAUCCUCCAUUCCCCUCAUCCCACCCUUCAUCUCAUCCUCCCUUCCCAACAUCCGCCCUUCAUCUCAUCCUCUGUUCCCCUCGUCCUCCUUUCCUCUCAUCCUCCCUUCCUCUCAUCCGCCCUUCCUCUCAUCCGCCCUUCUCAGAGGUCCUCUCUCCUUCCCAUUCUCCCAUUCUAUCAUACUCCCUUUCUCUCAUCCUCCCUUCCACUCCCCUUCCAUUCCUCUCGUCCCGCCUUCCUCUCAUCCUCCAUCCCUCUCAUCCGCCCUUCCUCUCAUCCGCCUUUCACGCUCCCAUCCUCUCACCUUCUUAUCGUCUCUCCCUCACAUCCUCCUUUAUCUCAUCCACCCUUCUUCUCGUCCUCCCUCCCCAUCACGCGCCCUCCCCCUCAUCCGCCCUUCAUCUCAUCCGUCCUCCCCCUCAUCCGCCCCUCAUCUCAUCCUCCCUCCCCCUCAUCCGCCCUUCAUCUCAUCCUCUGUUCCCCUCGUCCUCCCUUCCUCCCAUCCCCCCCUUCUCUCAUCCUCCUUCCCUCUCAUCCUCCCUUCCUGUCAUCCUCUCAUCCCCCCCUUCAUCUCAUCCUCCCUUCCCCUCAUCCGCCCUUCCUCUCAUCCAACCUCCCUCUCAUCCCCCCUUCCUCUCAUCCUCCAUUCCCCUCAUCCCACCCUUCAUCUCAUCCUCCCUUCCCAACAUCCGCCCUUCAUCUCAUCCUCUGUUCCCCUCGUCCUCCUGUCCUCCCAUCCUCCCUUCCUCUCAUCCGCCCUUCCUCUCAUCCGCCCUUCUCAGAGGUCCUCUCUCCUUCCCAUUCUCCCAUUCUAUCAUACUCCCUUUCUCUCAUCCUCCCUUCCACUCCCCUUCCAUUCCUCUCGUCCCCCCUUCCUCUCAUCCUCCAUCCCUCUCAUCCGCCCUUCCUCUCAUCCGCCUUUCACGCUCCCAUCCUCUCACCUUCUUAUCGUCUCUCCCUCACAUCCUCCUUUAUCUCAUCCACCCUUCUUCCCGUCCUCCCUCCCCAUCACGCGCCCUCCCCCUCAUCCGCCCUUCAUCUCAUCCGUCCUCCCCCUCAUCCGCCCCUCAUCUCAUCCUCCCUCCCCCUCAUCCGCCCCUCAUCUCAUCCUCCUUCCCUCUCAUCCGCCCUUCUCUCUCAUCCUCCUUUCCUCUCGUCCGCCCUUCCUCAAAUCCGCCCUUCACACUCUUAUCCUCUCUCCUUCUCAUCGUCUCUCCCUCUCAUUCGCCCUACAUCUCGUCCUCCCCUCAACUCGUGUUCCCUCCCCUACUUCAGCCCCCCCCCCCCCCUCCUCAUCCGCCCUUUCUCUCAUCCGCCCUUCUCUCUCAUCCGCCCUGCCCCUCAUUCUCCCUUUCUCUCAUCCUCCCUUCCUCUCCUCUUCCAUUCCUCUCAUCCCCCCUUCCUCUCAUCCUCCUUUCCUCUCAUCCUCCUUUCCUCUCAUCCGCCCUUCCUCGCGUCCUCCAUUCCUCUCGUCCUCUCUCCCCUUCUUCCUCACGUCCUCCCUUCUCCCAUUCUUCUCCCCUCUCCCCCCCCCUCAUCCGUCCUCCCUACCAUCCACCCUUCCUCUUGUCCAACCGUCUUCUCGUCCUCCCACCCCCUCAUCCGCCCUUCCUCUCAUCCAACCUUCCUCCCGCCCCCCCUUCCUCCAUCCUCCCUUCCUCCCAUCCGCCCUUCCUCUCAUCCUCCCUCCUCUCAUUCUCCCUUCCUCUCGUCCACUCUUCCUCUCAUCCCCUCUUCCUCUCAUCCUCCCUUCCUCCCAUCUGCCCUUCCUCUUAUCCUCUCUCCUCAUCCUCCCUUCCUCUCAUCCUCCCUUCCUCUCCUCCUCCAUUCCUCUCAUCCCCCCUUCCUCACAUCCUCCUUUCCUCUCAUCCUCCCUUCCUCCCAUCCGCCCUCAUUCCCCGACCCUGUCGUUCCUCAUUUCCCUACCUGUCCACGCAGCCACCUCUCGGCCAGCAACACCACUCACCUCCUGGACCCCUCACGUCCCAUCCAUCCGCUCUCUCAUCCAUUCCUGGCGCCGUCAGUGCUCAUCUCCCUCACUUCCCUUCCUGUCGCCCAUGGCCCCAUCACUCCAUCUGCGUUCACCUGA